AUGGAAUACAUGAAUGACAUCGUGACACAUCGAGAAGUUCUGAUGAUGCGGGUAAUGAACACUAUUACAGACAAGUCCAACUGGGAUAAAAAGGUAUUCGACAAGCACAUCACUUCUAAAUGGCGCGAGGAAAUCGCCAAUAGUGGGCAAGACGUGACGCCAAAGAUGAUGGACUGGAUAAUCAAAGAAUUACAGUGGAAAGCUGGCAUUUUCCAAAAGACCGGCCAUGUCACUGUUUUUGAUGUUGGAGUCGUCAAAUCCGACAAAGCCAUUUCCAUCGUCUAUGGUCGAACUCGAAUUCUGCCCGAUAAAGUCAUUGGCAUCGAUGACUCUUUGAGUGCUAUUGGACAGGGCACUUUAAUCCCGACUCCAUCGGAAGAAGAGAGCCUUUUCGGUUCAGAGCGUCACUUGACAGAUUAUAGUCGUAUUCGACCAGGACUCAGUCGAAAAUUCCAGUGGCUCCCGUGUGAUGUGGUUAUCAAAGAUUCCAAAUGUGAGAUAUCAUCUUACAUCAACAAUGUUCACCCGAUUAAACAUCGGGGACUGCACGAUGUGGUCGAGAAAGUCAUCGCCAGAACGAUCCCGCUUUGGGAUCAAUCAUUGACCAGAAAAUGUUCAUUGCGUCAAGAAUUCCCGUAUACAGAGGUUGGGUACGGCGCUCCUGUAGGGCCAGAGCCAAUUCGUCCUCCGGAUGCCGAUGAUAUCUUUGAUGAAGAUGAGUAUUGGGAGCGGCAAGAGUGCUGGGAGCUUUCCCGCCCGAUACUACUUCCCGAGCCGGGUGAUUUCGAGAUUCUCGAGGUUAUGGACAGAGUUAAUCUGAGGGAGCACUUCGGCAAAACUGGACUGCUAGUGAUUGUAAAAUUGGCAAAUAUCGAAUUAACCCCCGAAAAGCCAGAGUAUGAAGGAGGUACCUGGCACAUAGAGGGUCAACUGAAUGAGCGCAUAUGUGCAACAUCGAUUUACUAUUACGACAAUCAAAACAUCACUGAGAGUUCGUUGUUAUUCCGGCAAAGAGGUUGCGAACUGAACGACAUUCGCUAUGAACAAGACCAGCAUGAAUUCCUUCAAGAUGUUUAUGGAUUGGCUACGGAUGAUUCCCAUAAUGGAACUGAAGUUACACAAGAGCUUGGAGGUGUGGUUUGUCAAGAAGGACGACUUCUGACAUUCCCCAAUUCUGUUCAGCACAAAGUGGCACCAUUUUCGUUGGCUGACAGAUCAAAAAGCGGGCAUCGUAAGAUCCUCGCACUAUUUCUCAUCAAUCCUCAUAGAAGGGUGAUCUCAUCUGCCAAUGUUCCCCCACAAAGAGAGGACUGGGCGCCAGAAAACUCGAAUUUGAAUAGUGUGCAUGCACAUGUUUCGACGAACUCGGGUACACCUGGCCAGGAUGUACCCGGCUCAGUGAUGAGCAUGGAAGAGGCCAAAGCUUAUAGAGUUGAGCUUAUGGAAGAACGCAGUAUUAAGACUGUGGAGAAUAACACAGUGUUUGAGGAUGGGGAUUUCUGCCUUUGUGCGCAUUAG